AGUUCCAGCCCAUGUUUGGAAAUGUUUACUCUGUGGCGCUGUCUGUCAAGCAGAAACCUCUACGUUGUGCUCUUGGGACCAGCUAGUGCACCGUUAGGUGUCCAUUGGAAUUUAAUCUCGAGGGAGAUCAUUAAACUAACUAUGGCACAAGCGAAAAUCCACCAGGCUAAAAUGAUUGAAGCCGCUAAUGGCAAAUUCAGCAGAUCAAUGUCUAUGGCAGAUCGCUCCGGACGACUUCUUGAAAGUUUGGACCAGCUGGAAAUAAGGGUGGAGGCUUUACGCGAAGCCGCAACUUCAAUGGAACAGGAGAGAGAGUGCUUACUUGAUAUGAUCCAGUCCAUAAAGAAUAGUGAAGAAAUGCGCAGUAUUUGUGACGGAGAGAGAGAGGAACUAUCUUUAACUGCUAACCGUCUUCUGGGUAGGACGCUGACAGUUGAAAUAUCAGUGGAAAUCAUUAGAAACUCCACACAAGAGGAUGCCCUACGCAAGGCUACCUCUUUGAUUGAUGAGCUUGCUGCAAAGUUGCUUGAUGACAUGGAUGGGGCCAGAAAGGGCCUGAUGGCACUGCACGCUGCCUGUGUGACCGAGGCACCACCGGUUCCUAUCGAUACAAAAUUCCAGACGAUCGUCAUCACCUGCGCCCUGGAAGAUCAGAAAAAAAUCAAGAGGAGGCUGGAAACUCUGAUAAGGAACGUGGAUAAUGCUGAGAAGAAUAUCAAGAUAAUGGAUCAUCAGAAAGUGGAUGACUUAAACAGUGCCAAUGGCAAAUGAAGGCACUCAUACUGAUUCAACCCCCCUAAUAGCCCUAACUAAUAGAAAGUCAUAAUAUAUUGGGAGACCAAACUCCUCAUUACCAUGCUAUUAUUUCCCAUAAUUAGUGAAAGAUAGCAUCCACCCGUCUUCCUGUCAUGGCACAAGGCGUCCAUACUAAAGUACAGGUCUACCUAGACUGGAUAAAGUACAGGUCUACCUAGACUGGAUAAAGUACAGGUCUACCUAGACUGGAUAAAGUACAGGUCUACCUAGACUGGAUAAAGUACAGGUCUACCUAGACUGGAUAAAGUACAGGUCUACCUAGACUGGAUAAAGUACAGGUCUACCUAGACUGGAUAAAGUACAGGUCUACCUAGACUGGAUAAAGUACAGGUCUACCUAGACUGGAUAAAGUACAGGUCUACCUAGACUGGAUAAAUAUAGUCUGUUCUAUAUAACUUGAACCUUUAAAGUGCUUUGCCUUGAACAUUUGAUAAGUCCUUAUGACUACCACUGUAUUCUACUACCACUAAUGUCACAUUCAAACCCUGUCACCAUAAAUAUUGCAUAUAAAAAAGUUUUACACAUCUUAACAUUA